CGGAGGCUGGGGACGGGAAGUGGGCGGGGCCGGCCAGGAGCCGCUCACCCCGAGCCAAGCGGCAGAGUGGCAGGUGAGGCCCUCCGGGACCUGGUGGUGAGGAAGCCCGAGCAGCGGGACCGGAGAACGGACGGCGCCGGGGUGAAGCUCAGAGUGAAGCCUGACUGGAGCCCCGGCAGCAGGCCCCCCGGGAUGCUCUGGGCAUGGCCUCUAGAGCCCCACAGCAGAGCAGCCAGAUGGCAGAGGAGACCCCUGGCUUCCUGGAUGCCCUCCUCCGCGACUUCCCAGCCCCGCUGAACCUGGAGAGCCCUUUGCCGUGGAAGGUCCCAGGGACAGUGCUGAGCCAAGAGGAAGUAGAGGGCGAGCUGAUCGAGCUGGCGAUGGGCUUCCUGAGCAGCAGGAACGCUCUGCCACCACUUGCUUCAUCUCUGGCUCAUGAAGCAGUUUCCCAGCUGCUACAGACAGACCUUUCUGAGUUCAGGAAGCUGCCCAGGCAGGAGGUGGAGGACAACGAGGAAGAGGAGGAGAAGACCCCCGUGACCCUGCUGGAUGCCAAGGGCCUGGCGCGGAGCUUCUUUAACCAGCUCUGGGAAGUGUGCAGCCAGUGGCAGAAGCAGGUGCCCUUGGCUGCCCGAGUGCCACAGCGGCAGUGGCUGGUCUCCAUCCACGCCAUCCGGAACACUCGCCGCAAGAUGGAGGACCGGCACGUGUGCCUUCCCACCUUCAACCAGCUCUUCGGCUUGUCCGACCCUGUGGACCGCGCCUACUUUGCCGUGUUUGACGGUCAUGGAGGUGUGGACGCUGCGAGGUAUGCCGCUGUGCACGUACACGCCAACACUGCCCGCCAGCCAGAGCUGCCCACAGACCCCGCGGGAGCCCUCAGAGAAGCCUUCCGGCGCACCGAUGAGAUGUUCCUCUGGAAAGCCAAGCGAGAGCGGCUGCAGAGUGGCAGCACAGGUGUGUGCGCACUCAUCGCGGGAAAGACGCUGCACAUCGCCUGGCUCGGGGACUCCCAGGUCAUCUUGGUGCAGCAGGGGCAGGUGGUGAAGCUGAUGGAGCCUCACAAACCUGAGCGACAGGACGAGAAGGAGCGCAUUGAAGCGCUGGGUGGCUUCGUGUCUCAUAUGGACUGCUGGAGAGUCAACGGGACCCUAGCUGUCUCCAGAGCCAUAGGGGAUGUCUUCCAGAAGCCCUACGUGUCUGGGGAGGCAGACUCAGCCUCCCGGGAGCUGACCGGCUCCGAGGACUACCUGCUGCUGGCCUGUGAUGGUUUCUUCGAUGUUGUCCCCCACCAGGAGGUGGCUGGCCUUGUCCAGAGCCACCUGGUCAGGCAGCAGGGCAGUGGGCUGCAUGUCGCCGAGUUGCUGGUGGCUGCAGCCCGGGAGCGAGGCUCCCAUGACAACAUCACAGUCAUGGUAGUCUUCCUCAGGGAUCCCCAACAGCUGCUGGAGAGUGGGGCCCAGGGAGCAGGGGACUCCCCAGUAGAUGGGAGAAGCCGAGGCUUGCCCUCUGACCUCUCAGAGCCAAUGAACCAAACUCCACGGAGAAGCUAGGAGGUCUAGGCCCCCGGCCCCCACCCUGCGACCCUCCCCUUCAGAUGCCUUAGGACCCGACAGGCAGCGGUGGGCAGGCAGGUGCGGCCCGAGCAGCACUUUCCCCUGGGACCCCUGAGCGCCUUGUGCUGCUUACGUCAGCCCACCCUGGUGGCUGCAGAACUACAUUGGGCAGUGGGUGCCACACCUUGCCUGUAACAGGCAGUUCGGAUAGCUGGGUGCUCUGAAGGAAGCCUCACCAAAGAGAAGAUGACUUGGAAACUGGACUGGCUCUUGCUCCCACGGGCACUGGCUACAGCCAGACCAAAGAUGGUGGCCAUGUGCAUGGGGCAGCAGGACAGACCUAGGAGCCACGGCAUUUGCAGGCACGUCCUGGGCACCCAGCACAGGUUUCUCAUCUAUUCCUCACAGGCCACAUCUGGAAGGGCUCUUAGCCACAGAUGUGCCUCAAGGGGCCUGGCUGGCUGAGUCCACUUCCCAUAGAGGAGAGAGAAUCUGAGAUCUGGCCCGCAGAGGUCACCUGCCUGCUUCAUGGCAGCUGUGACACGUGUGGCCCUGGCCUCCCUGGACCCUUGUCCCCCAAGUACCCAGGGAGAGGAAGCUCAGAGGCACCACGCUUGUCUUUUGUUUGUGGUCUUUUUUUUUUCCCAGGGAAAAGUCUAAUUCAGAAGCAGUAUUUCAGGUUUUGUCUUUGUUCUGUCAGUGCCAAGGUGACCUGUUGUGUCAUAUAACUUAAGCAGAGCUUAGCAUUUAUUUUAUUUCUUAGAAAACUUAAGUAUUGAUUUUUUUUUAAUGGGAAACUUCUUUUGCAGUAUUACUAAGUUUUUUUUCCUUAAGAUUGAAACAAAAACCUUUUCAGGUAGUGUUAAUAAGCCGUUCAAGUGCCUUACACAGCUUUAGAGAAGGCUAGAUCAGCCAGGCAUAUAAUGGGUUCUAAUAGGCAUGUUUAAGUUUUCACAAAAGCAAGAUUUAUUUUGUUGCAGUGGCAUGACUCCGGCUAGAAUUCUUCCUAGAAGAGUAUUUUCUGUCUCUUUGUGAUGCGCUGCUGACAGUUAGCAGAGUGGCCCCUGAGAGCAUGGACUGUGCUGUGUGGCCCGACCUCACGGCUCUCGGAGCUCAGGGUGACUGUGGCACCUGCCGCCUUGCCACCCACCUUGACCCUGCUGCUUGGUAUCUGGCUGGACCUCAGGGCGAGGGCCCAAGCUCUGUGAGCAGACAGGUCCUUGCUGCUGUUUAGAAUGUUCCAGAAUGUCUUGUGUGUUGGUAGUUGAAUUGGUUUCAUUGGGAAACACAUAAGAGGCUCUGGCAAGCCCAGUGUAGCUUGUGGGUCUGUUUGGAGGCAGCGAGGAUGCGACUGGGAGUCUCUCCCACCCACUGGGCUGCAGCCCCUCAUUCUGCCCAUGGCUGGCGGCCUCCGAUGCCUCGUUCUGCCCCUAGCCUGAAAGCUUGUGAAAGAGCUUGUGUCCCCUCCUGCCCUGGGAAGGUGAAGCUCAGGUGACUUCAUUUGCUCAUAUCAAGUGGGGCAGAUAAAAAUCCCAUGUGGAGUUGGCUAGACAAGGGCUCUAGGUAGAAGUUAAGCCCUGGGGUAGGUCAGGUCUCUGGUAGGAGCCCCGGGGCUCGCAGUGGUGGGCAAUGUUGCUGUAGGCAGAGGCUGGCAGGUCUGAGAAGGGAGUAGCUGCAGGAUAAUGUCUGGGGGUGUGGGGCUGGGCAGUGGGAGGAAGCUUAGUGCGAGGUCCUAUGGAGAUAUUCAGAGUCCACUCACAAUAGCAGGGCCCCAGGAAAGCCUGCACAGGGAGCCCCCUGAUCCCAGUGGCACUGAGAGGAGCCCCGGGAAAGGAGUGGCUGGUAAAAUCCACCUCUCCUGAGGCUGGUGGGCUGUCCAGCAGGAAGGGAGGGAGCCAUGGGCCACCACUUGUAGGCUCCACAUUAACCCCACUCCCACAGCAGGAUGAAGAUGCUGAGGCCAUGUGGUCAAUGCCUUUCUCAAGACCUCAUGAUAAAAAGCGUCUUAAACAUGGUCACUGUAAUUUAGAGAAUGUUUGGCGGCCAACAUGUCCAGGUGUUACCCCAUUUCACUUCAAGGCCCUGCUGCCUUCUGGGGGCCAGAGGCCCUUCUCAUCGCCCCCACCCUUCUCUACCAUGGGCAUGACCUUAGUGGAGGGAGGGAGCAACAGGCUUCUGUUUUUCUCUUUUCUUUGCUAAUCUUAUUCUGUUGAUUGCUACCAAGAGAGGAGCUUCACCUUGUGGAGUCUGGAUCACACCACUUGGUGACCUGAUUCAUGCCCCGGCCCAAGGCUCCACCAGGAUAUCUCUCCAGGUUUGUCUUGGCAUCUCCCCCACCCCCAGCCAAGGUCAAAGCCCCCUCCCCCUCCACAGCAGAGGCCUUUGCUGUCUGGUGUGACCCUGGCAGCUGAGGGAACCUUUGUUCUCCUGCUGCACUGGGUCCGGCCUGUGUAAGCACCAAGGCACAGAGUCAGUCUCUUCCAUCCUGACUUGGCUGCACUGAGAGCCUUGGGCAGUCUUCAGCCUCCCAGCAUUCUGGUCCAUGUCCUCCUCAGGCCACAGUCCCAACAGGGCCCCUAGCUGGGACGCUGGUCUGGACACCUCAGUCCCCUUCUCGAGUCCCAGGUCUGCCACUAGCUCAUUAGUGAGCUGAAUAAGUUGUCACCCCUCCCUGUGCCUCAUUUUCCACUUUGUAGGGCACAGGGUUACACUGAGUCUGUGUAGUAGCUUCUGGAAAUCUGGUGCAGAGGUCACUUGGGGCAAAUCCAGCCACAUCCUGGGGUGAUGCUACCAGUGCUGCGGGCUCAUCCCGCACCACCAACGGGGAGGGGUGAUUAAGUAUUAUUAGUGUCUAUUCUUAAAAUUAAGUGGGUUGGAAAAGAAUCAAGCUACUAAUGCUAGCGCCUUAUAUGGAAUACAAAAGCUGGAGAAAUCCAACCCUGCUUUUACAGGUAGGGCUGAUACCCAGCCAGCAGGGGUGGGAGAGGCGCAGGCAGCCACUGGAAGAGGGGCUGGCAUAGCUGGGGUGGUUAGUCAAGAUCCCAACCCGCUGAAAUCCUGGAGGUGAAUGAAUGCAUGGGCUCCUGACACAGCCCAUCCUCAGCAUCCAGGACUAGGAAAUGGCUGUGUCUUAGGGAGAGAGCAAUAGGGGUGGGCCCCAGAGAGGAGCACAGGCUCUCUGAGGUCCUGGGUCAGCUUUGGACCAGCCCUGCCUUUGGCAGCAGUCCUGUCCCCUUCCACCCUCCCCAGGCCAGCACGUAGUCCCUGGCCUCACUCCUUCCCCAGCUACUUCAGCAGUAUUCCUGGGGCCAAGGGCACAGUUCUGACAGCUCAUAAGCCUGGCCCCCGUCCCAGCUAAACUGAAACCAGGUGGGUCUGUGUAAAAUAAGCUCUUUUGAUUUGAUUCUGGCCGUUGUCCAAAGGGAGCAGCCCCAGGGGCUUGCACUUUUCCAAGGCUCCACAGCUUUGCCAAAUUUGCCAAGCUUGCCAUUCACAUGCCGUGCUGGCCUUGCCAAGGGUUUAUCUGUGUACUUCUCAGUGGGGUUCCUGGGAGUGAUGUUCUGUGAUGGGGGGUCUUGUUCCAAGACAGGAUGGCUGUUUUUCCAUGUCUGUAGGGACAAGUCCUAGGGUGAAAGGCCAGAAAGGCGUUCUCCUCCCAGGGCCUUUAUGCUCAAGUGUCAAUAAAUCCUGAGUUUUGAAACCUGU